AUGGAUAACCCUUGGGCGGAAAAUUGGGACGAAUCAGACAAAAAGAACCAGGAACUAGACCAGCCAACGACAUCUAUCGCUUCGUCUUCGAUUGCGGCACCGACCUGGACUUCACCAGCGGCACCGACAGCUGUUCAAAGUGCAGAAGAUGAUAUCGCGACAGCAACUUGGACAACGACAUCCUCAAGCGUAGCUUGGACCGAACCUGACACCGAAACCAUUGGAUGGGGGAAAACGCCUGCAUUCGAAUCAACCUGGGAACCAGAACCGAUCCCGUUCGGUGACCAGGAGGCUGUACCAGAUCUUCACCACUCUGGCUUCUCGGGGAAGGACUCAACGCCGUCCAGUCCUUCAUUGAGCAACCCUGUCGAUGAGGUGUCAACUCCGCCAUCGCCGGUCCUUCCGUCAACUGCUGUACCCAUUCCCGUUGUUCCUGAGGAAGUAGACGGUUUCGGGUCUUUUGCAACUGGCGACGAAGGCGAAGACAACGACAAUGCGUGGGGCCCUACAUCCACCUUUGCCGAGCCUGCAAACGCGGAGGACGACGUCUGGGGAAAUUCUUGGGAGGAGCCCAGGGAUGAUGCAGAUGAAAAUGACGAAUGGGAGGUAGCAAAGCAGGAGAAGGAAAAGCAGGAUAGACACGUCCCUCCAGAACGAUUAAACGCCAUCCUCUCAGAGUUUGAGAAUGUUGCAUCAGAGUUGUGGCCCGACGGUCAGGUUGUGGAUGAUGAACGUGGUCGUGUCAUUGACCUUGAUAGUGUGGUCUCACAUUCUGUGCGACUCGCCCUCGUUCCCGAAGGACUUACCUUAUCCAUGCCAAAGCCAUUCCAACAGACAUUCGCCGCGAAGCGAGAGUCAGAGGCACUGAAACUAUCAAGGAACGCUAUAGUGACCCGCAAGGGACCGAUGGCUAUGUACAUGGCCACGAAAGGUUCAAUCUCAUGGGAGGCAUCCGUGAUAGCAAGGGCCGAUUCCUCAAGCACAGAUGCUGCUCCAGCAGGAUGGAAAAUUAUUCCUAAAGAUGAGCAGGUUGUGGAAGACACGAAACAGAAGCGAAAUACCGGUGGUGGGAUAUUGUCCUUCUUUUCACGAAGGGCUGCAUCCACACCGGUCUCUGAUGACGCGCCACGACCAUCUAGACCAGCGUCUCCCGCUAAAUCUAUCACUAAAGUAUCAUCACCUUCGCCGCGGGUCAGUGUCGACACCACUUCGACUUCGACCCCACCUGCCGCCAGCACUUCAGCUGUUUCUGUUGCUGCUAGUGCUUCUCCUGCCGCCAACCUGAAGCCUAUCAAAACCAACGCUUCCCCGACGACCGCCUUAGAUUUCUUUCCUACACCAGCAACAGAAGAACCAAAGGAAACACCAUCACCUUCAGUGGUGUCUCGAUUCUUUGGCCGCUUCUCGCGGACACGGUCAUCAAAUGGCAGAGAUAGUCUUGCUUUAUCCACCGACGAUCUCGAAUUCUUGGCUGACGUUGUUCCGACAACGCAAGCUAGUGCAAGUCAGGACGACCAACUCAAAGCUUUGACUACCAUGAUCAACUCCCAGGCGCCUAGCCUGCCCGCAGCUCUACCGCCACCCCUUGCCCCACCUCCACGCCCAACUCAGAUGAAACGUCAGACUCUUCCGACUCAGCCAACUCAGCAGAAAACAACUGCCGAAGAGGAUCUCUUCUCCUUGUUUGAUGCGCCGGCUCCAACCGAUACCGCCGCAAGCCAUUCGAAUAAGCAAUCACAGCCCUUGCCAUCGAUUCCCCCCUCUGAUCCCUUCUCCCUCCUGAACAACAGCACAUCGUUUGCCUCCUCUUCCAAUCUCUCGUUUGGGUCUACCGUGGGUUCACCAUCGUCGACUUUGUUCUCCGCCGAAAGCAAGUCAUCAAUCUCCUCUUUUUCGGGCGCCAGAAUGAGCUCGCCUUCCCUUCAACCUCCUUUGCCUCCACCCAAGAGCAUCCCAGCACCAGCUUCGAGCUCUAACUCGAUGAGUCCGGCCACCUCACGUGCCCCUUCACCGGCCAACCUUCACCAAACCACUCAACCAAUGUCGUCUACGAUAGCUCCGUUACCUCCACCACCGACAUCCCUUCCUCGCACACCCAUUCCAACUUCGUCAAUCCCCACGUUACCUCCACCACCGUCAAGCAGAUCACAUACCCCAUCGCUCAUACCCAACGUCCUCGCCAAUCCAUCCAUCCCUGAAGUGGAUGAUGACUUCGAUGAUUUCGUCACUUCCCCUGCAGGCCCGACCGCUGUUCCUUCCUUGUCAUUUUCCACUUUCAAUGCGCCUAACAAGCCCACCAAUCCGACUAAUUCACUCGGCAAUGGUUUGAUGGAUGAUUUUGGCGAUUUUGGCAGCUUCUCCGCUGCGCCAGAUCCCCCAGUAGCAGUGCCUGCAGUACAUCCUACGGCCACGGUCCCUAUUGUCCCCCGUGCGGCGUCUUCCUCUCCUCGACAAUCAAGGGGCCCGUCUACAUCGCCUAGCAAGAGGGUAUCUAGAGCUGACCAUCAGCGAACGCUCAGCUUGAUGGAGUCUGCUUCUUCAAGAGCUGGGACGUGGUUGUCUCCUCCGUCUCCACUGCCUAUGGCUCUCCCACCUCCAGAAGCUCGGGGAGGUAAGCCGAAGGAUCCUUUUGAGACGGGGAUCUUCGCGAGCCAACAGAGCAUGCCGCCACCCAGCUCUCGACCUCCGUCAAUCCCGCCCCCUCCUACAAACAACAAGGCCACUCCGACGUCUUCAUGGUCAUUCCCACCACCUCCAAUGUCGAAUGGUGCCUCUCAGGUUUCGCACUCCUCGUUACCCAUGGCAUCAACGGCUCCGGCACCGCCGUCCUUCAACCUGUCAUCCACGUUCUCCAACUUCGACGCCCCCGUUCUAGCUAAACCCACCCCGCCUCCUCAGCCACCAGCUAUGUCCUCCUCGUCUUCCUCUGGGAAAGGCGGGCUGUCCGCUCAAGAUUUGGCUUUCUUCGAGGGUUUGUAG